CCCUCACCUUAAUCCUUAGGCUGAAUCUCUUCCGGAAGCAAUCCCAUGGACCCCGCUCUGUGCCUGCCUGCCUGCCUCCCUCCUCUGCAAAGCAGGGGACGAAGGGGGCUCUUUGCCCCGCUUACUCCCAGGCGACAUGUCACUGUAAGGGUUAAACUGGAUUCGGAUUCCAAGAGAGACCUUUGGAAGGCUAAUCUGGGACGCCCACUUCCUGCGGAGCCCCCACCCCCCUCUGCGAGAGAUUUCCGUGCUCAUCAUCAUCUUCCAUGCAGCAUGAAAGGGAUCUGGUGCGUGCAAAAGACCACAACAUUGCAGGAAAUGGUCUCCAUUUCUCCAAAUGCAGGCAUUGCUAACCUUAAGGAAGAAGAAGUAAUGUCAGAAGAAGAUAAUUCAAGGCCUGUUGGAGGCUGCUCUUCAAAGAUGGAAGAGGAAAACUCAGCUGGCCCUGAAGAAAGAUGCCCUGAUGCCAUCCAGACUGGGAGCAGUGAGGGUGUAGUCUCUGCCUCUCCAAAUCCAGGGAGCUCUGGACUUAAGAAAGAAGAAGAAAUGGAGGAAGAGGAAGGAGAUCAUUCAGGUUUUGUUGAAGGCUGCUCCCUGAAGAUAGAAGAGGAAGACUCCGCUGACCCUGAAGCAGGAAGAUGCCCUGAUACCAUCCAGAUUCAGAGCUGUGGGGGAUUCCGCUUGCAUGCAGAAGGUCCCAGUUUCACUCCCUCACAUCUCCAGAACUUGAUAUCCCAGUCACCAAAUCCAGGCAUUUCUUGCCUUAAGACAGAAGAAGAAGUGGAGGAAGAGUAUCUUUCAAGUCCUGUUGGAGGCUGCCUUCCAAAGUUGGAAAAGGAAGACUCAGCUGUCCCUGAAGCAAGAAGAUGCCCUGAUGCCAUCCAGACUGGGAGCAGUGAGGGAUUCUGGGAAGGAACCAUGCAGAAGAUCCUGGGUGCAGAAGAUCUUGGAGGAGGCAGCAUGACUGGCCUCCCACAAGGGGAUUUGGGUGUCAUCUCCAUCUCCACAAAUCCAGGCCUUUCUUGCCUUAAGAAAGAAGAAGAAAUGGAGGAAGAGGAAACAGAUCAUUCGAGUUAUGCUGAGGGCUGCUCUCCAAAGAUGGAAGAGGAAGAAGCAGAUGGCCCUGAAGCAAGAAGAUGCCCUGAUGCCACCCAGACGAGAAGCAGUGAGAGAUUCUGGGAAAGAAAUGUGCAGAAAGUCCUGGGUAGGGACACCAGCAGCUCAGAUGUACGGCACCAGCGCUUCAGGGAGUUCUGCUACCAAAAAGCUGAGGGCCCCCGAGAAGUUUGCAGCCGAAUCUUGGACCUUUGCAACAAUUGGCUGCAGCCAGAAAGACACACCAAAAGUCAGAUGGUGGACCUGGUAGUCCUGGAGCAGUUCUUGAGCAUCCUCCCCGCAGAGAUGGAGAGCUGGAUCAGGGAAUGUGGAGCGGAGACCAGUUCCCAGGCAGUGGCUCUGGCAGAAGGCUUCCUCCUGAGACAGGCAGAGGCCACGAAGCAGGAAGAACAGCAGGAACCAUCCAAAGAGGCCACUGGUUUCCUGGAAGCAGAGAAGGCUCCACCAGACCCCAAGGAAAAGUCGUUGUUGAGGGGGCUCUCACAGGAAGGUGACGGAGGGACCAUCGUGCUGGGCAGUGGACUGCUCCAUGCACUUCCUUCCAGACCUUCUCUCGUUUGUGAUGGAAUAGAAAAUAUGGCUGUGCAGUCAGAUCAGAGUCCAGUGACCUGGGAUGAGGUGGUUGCAUGUUUUGCAAAGGAAUUGUGGGCUCUGGAUCCCACCCAAAGGGCUCUGCAGAUGGAAGUCUUGUUAGAUGGAGAGAAUGUGGCUUCUCUGGCAGGUGAUAGAAGGGAGAGCAAGAAAAAAGGUGAAGAACAGAGAAAGACAACUGUAGCAAAACAGAAGCAAGGGAGGAAACCCAUUGCUUUUGAAGGGGCUGGUCAAUCAAGCCUUCAGGCAUAUCAAACCAUCUACCCAAGUGAGGUACCAUAUAUAUGCUCAGAGUGUGGAAAGACCUUUAAUUGCAGGAAAAACUUUUUAAUGCAUUUCAGAACACAUGUACCAGCACUGCCGUAUAAAUGCUCUGAGUGUGGAAUGAGCUUCAGGCUGAAGAAAAAAUUUCUUAAACAUCUAAGUUUCCACACAAGAGAGAAGCCAUAUGACUGCUUGGAAUCUGGAAAGAGCUUCAGUCAGAGCACAACUCAGACACAACCAUAUGCAACCCAUACUGGGGAAAUGCAAAAUGAAAGCUCAGAGCUCACUUUCCGCCCCAACUUAGUUAAUCAUGGCAAGAACCACUCAGAGGAAGAACUAUAUAUAUGUUCCGAAUGUGGUAAGGGCUUAAUCUCUGCCAAAUUCCUUAUUCAACAUCAAAAAACUCAUACAGGGGAGAAACAAUGUAAAUGCCCAGUAUGUGGAAAGAGCUGUGGAAACAGCUCAGUUCUGACAAAACAUUACAGAAUGCACAGAGGCAAAAAGCCAUACAGAUGCUCCGAAUGUGGAAUGAGCUUCAAUCAGAAGGUAAAGCUUACUAGACAUCAAAGAAUUCACACAGAGGAAAUGAGGUACAAGUGCUCUGAGUGUGGAAAGAGUUUCUGUUUGUACCAAAGCCUUGCGAAUCAUCAGAGAAUCCACACAGGUGAGAAACCAUAUAAAUGCUCAGAGUGCGGAAAGAGCUUCAGUUUUAGUAAUAGCUUCAUUAGACAUCAAAAAAUACACAGAGAGGGGGAGAAAGCAUAUAGAUGCUUGUGUGGAGAGGCGUUUAGUCGGAUCACAGCCCUUGCAAGACAUUCCAGAACCCACAUAAGCAAGAUACGCUCCUUACAAAGGGCAGAUGAGGCAUUGCCCUCCCACCAUCCCAGUUUCCACCACUCUCCCCUAUUGGAUAACCUUGCUCUGCUGAAACAGUUGAUACUUGCAAUGCGUUCUUUAAGGCCACAGGGGACAGCAUUCUCUGGCCCCUUACCCUUGUGCCCAUUACCUCUUCAGUAAAAACAAACUUUUCCCCCAGUGUGAUGUUGCCUCAAGCAGGGCAAACUUCUGUAACACUCUGCAUUGCCACAAAGCCUCACAACUUACAUAGGGGAGAAACCAUAUAAAUGCUCAGAGAGUGGAAAGAGCUUCAGUCAAAACAUGAAUCUUUCUAGUCAUCAAAGACCUCACACAGGAAAGAAACCCUAUAAAUAGUGGGAACGUGGAAGAAGCUUCAGGCAGAGCUCAAGUCUUAUUUGCCAUCAAAGAAUUCACCCAGGGAAGAUGUCGUGUUUAUGCUCAGUGUGUGGAAAGAGCUUCAGUUGGAGCAGAAAUCUGAGGUCACAUCAAAAACUCCACACUGGGAAGAAACCACAUAUCUGCUCAGAGUGUGGAAAUCGCUUCAGUAAGAAGCCACAUCUUACUGAACAUAACAGAAUUAACACAGGGGAGAAAUUAUGUAAAUACUCAGAAUGUGGAAGGAGCUUCAGUUGUAGCAAGCACUUGAUUUCCCUUUCAAAGAAUCUGCACAGGAGGAAAGAGCUUCAGUCAAAGUGGAUGGAAAGAGCCUCAGUCAGAGCUCUAAUCUUAUCAGUCAUCAAAGAAUCCACACAGAUAAGUGCUCACAGUGUGGAAAGAACUUCAGCUGAAGUGGAAACCUUCAUGUACAUAAAAGAAUCCACACAGGGAUGAACAAUGUGAAUGCUAGAAUUGCCUGGAGUGUGGAAAACACUUCAGGUGGAGAACAGGUUUUCUUAUCAAAGGAUUUGCUGUGGAAUAUGCUAUAUUGAUAAUUAGGUGAGAGCUUUCCUAACCAAGCCCAGAUAAAGAUCAGAGAACCUAUGGAGAAUUUGGAGAACCUAUAGACAUGCUAAUACAAUGGAAAACAAUGUUUAUCACCAUGGGAAUUGUGUUACAUGAGAGAAAGAAGCUGAGUGUGGGAAAGGAAUUGCAGUUGGAGCCCAGCUGUUCUAUUGUGUCUUGUAAUGUGACUGUCCCCUCAUUUAGGAGGCAGUCACAUUUUGUUAAAUAUGCCAUAUAGAACCAUGUGCUUCUCUGCAUUGCAAAUUCACCUGCUCUGACACUGAGGAUUUUAAAACAAAAAAUAUGUGAAGGGUAACCAACAUCUUUUUCUUCCCUAACACAGAAAUAUUAAGGGUUAGGAAUUGUUCCUAUAGUCUGUGGCUGGCAUAUGUGAACUGGUUAGAUAUUUUUAUUAGAUGUUCUAUAAAUGUAAUAAGUAAAUAAAACAGUACAGAGCAACGAAGGGCUGGUUUAACAAGCAAAGUUACCUUAUCUCAAGAAGAUUUUAAUGAACAUUGGAUGGCAUUUCACUUAAUGAAUUUUUAAUGAACAUUUUAUUUACAUUUUUAUUCUGCUCUUUGCCCUAAGACUCCAGUGCAGUGGACAUGUUAAAAAUAGUCACAAAACUGCAGUAAAAAUAAUCCAAUAGUUUUCUCCAGUUCUUUGGAUGCUUCAUUUAAUAAUGUAAUCGUAAGUGUUAAAAUCUUAAUCCUUCUCUGUCUAUCUCUAACCAUUUUUAAUGAUGUAUUAAAAGUUGUUUUAAUAAAGUCUUUAAGUGUCA